UUGUCAUCAUGCCUAUUGCGGGUUCAAAAUUUUUAUUCCUCAAUGGAUUUCGGUUCUAAAUCAUCUAAAACUCACUGUAGCUAUUUUUUUACUUUUUCGUAGAUUCCUUUUACAUAAUUAGCUGUAUAUUUAGAAUUCACGCCAUUGGAACAUUAAGAUUAAUUGAUAUUUUUACCACUAAUUUGUAUAUUUUGCACCAUAAGUUGUUAUUUUUAGUAAAAGGAUAUUAUUAAAUUGUUGCAUAGUUUUUGUUUAAGUGUUUCGUUCAAUAUAUUAAUUGUUGAGUUAUUGUAUAUACUUACAAUUUGACCUCUUAUAUGCAUCUGGUACUAUUUGGACAUUAUAAUAAACCUAUUACAAAAUACAGAAUAACACCUUCAACUGUUAUUUAAACUCAAAAGAAAGUUUCUUAUAAUGUCCAAAAAGUAUUAUAGUUUAUGAAUCACAGAUUUCUUAUAUACUUGUAUUGUAUCAGAGCUAUAUGAAUGUUUGCCAUCUAUUCGACAGGAUAGGUGAGGUCUGUAUUGAACAUAAAUUAUCUAAUCCUGUCGUAUGUGCCAACAGUUGCAUUGGCCAUCACACGAGAUUUGACCUUCAAAAGUUCAGCAGACGUAUCUAUUUAAGAUCUAUACAUCGCACCUUUAAAACCAAAGGGUCACUUCUGCAUGUUUUCAAACUUUACAGUAAGAGCAUUUUUAGUUUUUUUUUUUGACAUAUUUCUUUUAUAACUUUGUACUGUUUCAGAGUGUUAAGGCCAUUCUUAUAUUCUUAUAUUCUUAAAUCGACAGUUUAUUCACAGACAAUCUUGAAUAUUAAAAAAUAAAUACAACAAGGGGUUUUUGAGAAACAAGCUGUAAACUGACUUUUGUCAAUUUGACAAGUGUAAACGGAAACGAGUGAGCGAGCGCUAGAUCGUCAUCAUCUUUCGUUUUUGUCAUAUUUUUUGUAACUUGCCGACAACCCACGAUUUGCCAGUUUGCCGGCGAAGACGCAAGCAGGAUAGACUUCGCUCCGUCCAAAUAUUUUAAUCAGAAAUAAGUGUGAUUCCACCCUACCUAGGGUAAAACGUAAAGAUAUUUAGGAAAAGGAUAAAACUUAUUUUAAUCAUGAGCGCUUUUGCAGCAGCUCUUGGUCUUCUCCUGAUCAUCUCUGCACAAUCAGAGGAGGCUCCAAAGGGACCUAAAGUAACUCACAAGGUCAGUUUCGUAAUGAAAUUGCGCGACGAAGACAUUGGCACCAUUGUCAUCGGAUUAUUUGGAAAGUCUGUACCCAAGACCGCUGAGAACUUCUUCCAGUUGGCACAGAAGCCAGAGGGUGAAGGUUACAAAGGCAGCAAGACCCACAGAGUCAUCGAUAACUUCAUGAUCCAAGGAGGUGACUUUACUAAAGGCGACGGAACUGUCGGACGCAGCAGCUAUGGCGAAAGAUUCGAAGACGAGAACUUCAAGCUCCGCCAUUAUGGUGCUUGUUGGUUGUCUAUGGCUAACGCUGGUAAAGACACCAAUGGCUCCCAGUUCUUCAUCACCACCACCAAGACUCCCUGGCUUGAUGGCAGACACGUAAUCUUUGGAAAAAUCUUGGAAGGCAUGGAUGUUGUUCGUAAAAUUGAGAAGAGUGUGACAGCAGCCAACGACCGCCCCGUUAAAGACGUGGUUAUUGUAGACACCAAGACAGAAGUAGGGGCAGAACCUUUCAGUGUCACAAAGGAGAGCGCUGUAUAAAUAAAAUAUUAUGCAUACAAUAAUAUUUACUUUGUAAGACAUUAAUCGCCACAAAGUAUUUACUAAAGUUAAAAAAAAAACAUGGUAUUAAUUUGUGCCACAUUUUCGUUGUCAUGGUCAAUGGUGGACAUUGAGAUUUUAUUAAUUUAGUUCACAAUAGUUAUACAAUAUUACAAUAAGGAAAACAUGCCAACUCUAUUUUUCUUAAAUAAAACUGAGGGAAGGGUACUAAAGUGACUUUGUGUUGCAAAUAUAAAUACCAAUCAUUACACAAAUAAUGGUUACUUGUAAACAGAAGAGACGUUUUGGUUACAAUUAAAAGAAAAGUUUUAUGUAAUAAAAGUCGAUUAUCGCCGUUUUUUCUGCAUAUUUAAGUCGUUUUCACAAAAAAUUGCAGAAGUGACCCUUUGAUUCCAAAGGUGCGACAUGUAUAAAUAGGACUCUCUUAAAUUCAAAUUCUGUUUCUUUAAGAAAACUGAUAAACUCCUUUUAACUACCCCCGCGUCGACUGCCGGUAUAACCUGCGCCAUGAAGUUAAGCAGGUUGGUGGCAGUGCUGCGCCCCGGCCGAAAGCCAUGCUGUGCGUCCGAUAGUUGUGCUCGGAUCUGCCCCUGUAUAGAACUUUGAGUGGUGGACUCAAAAACUUUAGCUUAUGUCGACAGCACUGACAAUAUAUAUUAUUAUGAAUAGAAAAGUAUGGAAUGAGAAAACUGCUCCGCCGCCCCCAAAUAAAAUCAUGAUAAGGGCAGGACGAUAAUAGUUACUAAAAUAAUACACAAGAACAUACAAUUUGAGAUUAAUAUUUAUUUUUGUUUGCUUCGUAACCUUUCAGGAAAAUGUCAACUGACACUCGCACGACUCGUGUCGACCAAUGCGAGUGACGUCACUUACGACAGGCGUUAAAACCGCCACCUUAGUAUAAAUCAGUUUAUAAGCGUAUAGUUUUUUAGCGUUUAGCUUUAAGUUCUCAGUAGCGGAUCACCACGAACAGCCUUAGAUGUAGAGUUUGUAUUCAAGCCUUUGCUCAUUUCUAUAUUGGAAUUGCAUGCACCAAUUUAACCGAGUUCUCUUUUUCUAUUCAAUACAAUAUAAUGGAAUUUGCACUUGACGCCGCUUCCGUGUUUAAGCAAUAGGUGGCGUUACUAGUCUAGAUUGUGACGUUAUGUCCGCCUUGGUUUGAGUUACCAAGCGCCCAGUGUUGCGUCAGAGUACUCGAAAUUGGCAUUUUAGACCACUAGCGCCAUUUAAGUAAAGUAACUAAAAGCGAGACAUGACGUCACACUAGACUAGUAAUCUAUUGCAUUUAUAUGUACUUAAAUAUGGAAGCGCCGUCACACUUAAAAAUGGAUAUUAUUUAGAUAUAUGAUUGAUAGAUACUUGAUAAUGUACAUAUAUUCAAGAGUUAUUAUAUUGUCAUAUAAUUUUAUGCAGUGGAUAUUGUAGGGCAAACGUAUUAAUGAAUAAUCUAAUUUGUCAUUUACCAGGCAUUUUAUAUGAAAUGCGAUCUGCACUCUGUAUUUGAUGUACAUUGUAAGCAUCGCGGUCCCUGAACCGUUUUCUUUUUCGAAGAUAAUUUUUAACUAAUACUUCUGCAAAUAUUGUGAAAUAUACAUAACGUUAUUGUAAAUGCCCGAACUACGGUAGUAGGUCAUAACGAUACCCAUUUGGUUGUAUUUAUCAACUCAUGUUUAUUCAAAAUAAAUGUGAUUUCAAGAA